AAGUGGCACGUUAAAUUUGCAAAUAUUAUGAGCAAUUAAAAUUAAUAUAUGGACUAAAAAAGAUACAUAUGAGAUAAUAACUAACAAACAAAAUGUCACAAAUAUUUAUUAAACUGCUCGAUGAAGUACGAGCAAUGAGAUAUGAAAAAGUUGAUAACAACCCAGAUGAUUAUCGUUUUUCUUUAGAAGAUCCAAACGACACAAAAAGAAAACUGAAAUACCUUGAAAUGCAUCAAAAGAAAGCCGAAGAUUUCAACAAAAGUAAAGAAAUAUUGGAUUGCAUUAGUCACAAAGCACUUGCAUACUUCAAGCUUAAAAAUUUUGAAAAAUUUGAAGAGUUAACUGUUCUUCAACAUCAAAAAAGUAUUGAAGAAAAAGAUGACAUGAGAUUGAGACAAGCGCUAUCAAACCUUGGUGUUAUAUAUAAAAUGAAAGGCCAAUUUGGAAAAGCAUUAGAAAAUUAUAACAAAGCUCUUGAAAUGGCUACAAAACGAGGUGAGCAAUGGUGCGUAGCAAGAUUAUAUAACAACAUUGCUAGCGUUCAUGAACUAAUGAUGAAUUAUGAAAAAGCCAUAGAAUUUUAUCAAAAACGUUUAGAGGUUGCAAACAAACUAAAUGACUUGGAUGGAGCAAUGAAAGCAAACCUAAGUAUGGGAGGUUUAUAUCACACAAUUGACAAUCUUGAAAAAUCUAUUGAGUGCUAUGAGGCAGUUCAAGGAAUUUUGCGCAAAAAAUUAAAAAACUUUGAAACAUUGGCUGAUGAUGCUGCAGGUUCCGACGAUGACUAUGUUGAUUUGGGUCCAGAUGAGGAGGAAGAAGAAAAAAAUGAAGAAGAAAAAGAUGAGAAAGACGCAAAGGGAAAAACCAAAAAAUGUACAAUUUCAUAAAAAAGUUGAUAAUUGAGUAAAAAAGCAUACCUCAGUUUGACAUCUUGAGUAAACGAUAAAGGAUUUCGAUUAGGAUCUGUGUGAGGCAACCAUGAAUGAAUACCAUAAAGACUAUUUGAAUGGAUGCUUAAUAAAGUAUCAGGAAGAGAAAGAUAGAGA